GUGGCGGUAAUGCUACUUAAAGUUUGUUGCCAACCGCCAAUAAAAUCAAGAAGAAGAAGAAGAAGAAGAAAGAGCAGAAGAAGUAAAAGGAAAAAGGAGACGGUGACCAUGUUAUUUUGUUCAAAGUUGUGUUUCUCGUCCGAUCCAGACGUUUGGUGGACAGGGUCAUCCUGUCGUAAAUUUUCUACAGAAUAUAUAUGUUCUGAUUAUACUAAUGCAAGGAAGAUAGAGAAGCUGUUAAUAGAUUUUAGAGAUGAUGAAGCUGCGGGUCCAGCUGCAGUGUAAGAAUCUCCAUGAAUACUUAAGAGAACUGAAUCCUGAGAUACUGGACAGACUGUAUAACCACCCAGCAACAUGUCUGGCUGUCUACAGGGAACUUCCCUCACUAGCUAAGAACUAUGUGAUGCGCAUGUUGUUCCUGGAUCAGCCUCUCCCCCAGGCAGCUGUGGCACUUUGGGUACAAAAAAAUAGUCAGAGGGAUCAUGAUGACUGUGUCGCAGUGCUGACCGGUCUUCGCCUUUGGCACAGUCAGCACCUUCAAGGUGGGCUUCAAGGAUACAUUUUAAAUCCAGUGUUCAAAGACAACCUGGGAACAGCAUUGCUUGGAGGAGGUGCACAGUGGGCCGACGAGGGGAGCAGCCUGGGGCCUGACCGCCAUGCACGCGACAUUGAGAGCCUGGACCGCUACGCUAUGGAACGCUGGGAAGUGAUCCUGCAGUUCAUGGUGGGUUCACCUAGUGCUGUUAGUCGAGACCUGUCUGAGCUACUGAUUCAAGCCGGCCUCAUGAGAAGUGAGGCUGGGGAAGCACCGUACAUCACUUCCGCUGGUUUUCAGUUCCUCCUUCUGGACACAGCCUCUCAGCUUUGGUACUUCACUUUGCAGUACCUGAAAACUGCUCAGUCUAGAGGGAUGGACCUCGUGGAGAUCUUAUCCUUCUUGUUCCAGCUCAGUUUUUCUACUUUGGGGAGAGAUUACUCAGUGGAGGGGAUGAGCGAGUCUUUGCUAACUUUCCUGCAGCAUCUUCGGGAGUUUGGACUGGUGUUUCAGAGGAAGAGGAAGUCCCGGCGGUACUAUCCCACCAGACUGGCAAUUACUUUGGCUGCUGGAGUAACUACCAGCUCCGACUCUCCCUCCUCCACCAACACUGCUUCCAUUCCUGGAACUAAAGAUGCUGGCUUCAUUGUUGUGGAAACCAAUUAUCGUCUCUACGCCUACACAGAUUCAGAGCUUCAGAUUGCUCUGGUGGCUCUUUUCAGUGAAAUGUUGUAUCGUUUUCCCAACGUGGUGGUCGCUCAGCUUACAAGAGAAUCCGUUCAGCAGGCCAUUGCUAAUGGAAUUACCGCUCAGCAGAUCAUCCACUUUCUAAGGACCAGAGCUCACCCUGUCCUGCUCACACAGACCCCAGUGCUGCCUCCAACUAUAACAGACCAGAUCAGACUGUGGGAGCUCGAGAGAGAUCGGCUGCAAUUCACAGAGGGAGUACUCUACAAUCAGUUCCUGUCCCAAGCAGACUUUGAGGUGCUGCGAGACAGAGCUCAGGGCUUGGGCUGUCUGGUGUGGCAGGAUGUGGCUCACAGGGUGAUGGUGGUGACAUCCCAAGGACACAGCGAGGUCAAGAGGUUCUGGAAACGACAGAGGUCUCACAUAUAGCCAGAGGAAGCUGCUGACCGAGCAGUGACCCUGUUUACUACUGUCAGUUUGGAAUCUUGUACAUUCUCACAUGUUUUUUUUAAUUAAAUAAACUUAUCAUAUUUGUUGAUUUAUUUUUGUGGAUUUCUGUUGUAGGAAUUUUGUACUAUUAUUAAAUCGUGCCUCUAUUUGAAAAAGGAAACCUCUGGCCAUUUCAAAACUAUAUUCCAAUCAUGUUAAACAAAACCUGGCACUUGUGAUGCAAAAGCAAAUUAUUGUCAUUAGCAGUUUUACAAUUGAUCUUACUAAGAUUUAGAUUAAUCUAGUAUUAGUCUGAUUAGAUUAAGAAUGUAAAACAUUCAUAGUUUUAUUUAAAAAAUGAAGUUCACAUUUAUUACACACAGUAAUGUGGCUGGAGUGGCAUGGACACAUCAACUGGACAAUACCUCAUAGAUUCUCUUUGGGGUUUGCUGGCUAACCAAACACAGGAACACCAUGGUCACUGUGUAGCAAAAAAUCAAAUCAGCAUCUCCAUCCAGCUGGUCAGCAGAGGGAAGCAUGAAGUGCUCUGAAAUGUCUUAGGACAGCUGCAUUGACUUCAGAAAUCCCAGUAGGCCAGAACCACUAGAUAAAAUGUCACCCAGUCAUCAGGAACUGUGGAGACUCUUGGAUCACUGAGUAACAUUCCAGUUCAUUUCUACUUGGACUUGAUGUUCUGUUUUUGAAAAUGUUUUUCAAUUUGUAGUUGUGUUUUGUAAUUUGUUGAUGUGGUUUGCACUUCAGGACCACCUUAGCCGUUAGCUCUAUGCCCUCAACAUAGAGCUAACGGAGCAAUUCUAUUGUGUUGAUGAGAAUUUUGGUUCUUCUUACAGAGCUGACUCUGGUGGCUCAGCUUCUUUAUGAGCCUAAGAACUCUUUCAGGUUUUCAUUUGUCAUCCGCAGCCCCAUAUUUUACUAUGAUUUGACAAAUAUCAAUGUUUUGCAUAAUAAAUCUUUUUGUAUUCAUUGUUCCCUA